CGAUCAGUUUUGCGAGCUAGGGGAAAGUUUGGUUGUUUCCUUCUCUUUAAAGAGAAAAGGUUAAAAAAAAACACCACCCAACCUGGGGAAAAGGAGGAGAAGGGGGGGCUAGGGGGAGGUUUGAAUGAAUAAAAAAAGGGAAGGAAGGCGGAUCCACGUGGUUUAAUCGGAGACAGACAGAGAUCCCAUUGUUCAAAAUCAAUAAAAAAAAAAAAAAAAGGCAGACAGAGCAAAAGAAAAGAGAAGCGCCGGAGGAAGGCGAGGGUAGCCCAGAGAGAUCUGCAACCUGGGAUCGGAGAAGGAGAACGAAGGAGAAAGCCGCCCCGAGGGGCAUCCGCUGCGAGGAUCGAGCCUUAGAGUUGGGGGCACUAGCAAAGUUGCGUGUUUUUUUCCUGGUUGGAAGGAAAAAAAAAAACAAAAAAAAAACAGCCGGGAGACUCAGCGCGGCCGGAGCAGAAGCACAGGAGCAGGAGUAGGACGCCCAUCGGGACCAGGAUGCCCAGGAAGAAGGUCGGCGCUGGCCUCGGAGCCGGGGCGAAGGCGGCGGCCGCUGCGGCCUGGGAGCAGCAGAGCUCGGGCAACGGGACGGCGGCAGGAGCGGCGGGGGCCCGGGGAGGCCCCCCGAGGAAGGCGCGGGGCGGCGCGGCCGCGGGCAGGAAGCGGGAGCGGCCCGAGCGCGGUAGCUCCAGCGGCGGCGGCAGCAGCGGUGACGAGGACGGCCUGCCCGAGCUGGACGGCGGCAGCCUCGGCCCCGGGGCCAAGCGGGCGGCCAAGCCGGCGCCGCCGGGCAAGGCGGGGGCGGGACAGGCCGUCGUCAUCACGGAGCCCGAGCACACCAAGGAGCGGAUAAAACUUGAAGGCUCCAAGUGCAGAGGGCAGCUUUUGAUUUUUGGGGCGACCAACUGGGACCUCAUUGGUCGGAAGGAAGUGCCUAAACAGCAAGCUGCUUACCGCAACCUGGGGCAGAACUUGUGGGGGCCACACAGAUAUGGCUGCCUCUCCGGGGUCCAGGUGCGGACGGUGGUCUCGGGCCCCUGUGCUGCUCACAGUCUCCUCAUCACCACAGAAGGAAAACUCUGGAGCUGGGGUCGAAAUGAGAAGGGGCAGCUUGGACAUGGAGAUACCAAGAGAGUGGAAGCCCCCAAACUCAUUGAAGUCCUCAGCAAGGAAGUGAUUGUGUCCGCUGCAUGUGGAAGGAACCACACUCUGGCUUUGACAGAAACUGGCUCGGUGUUUGCAUUUGGAGAGAACAAGAUGGGGCAGCUUGGCCUUGGCAAUCAGACCGACGCCAUCCCCAGCCCUGCACAGAUAAUGUACAAUGGCCAGCCAAUUACCAAAAUGGCUUGUGGGGCUGAGUUCAGCAUGAUAAUGGACUGCAAAGGAAACCUGUACUCCUUUGGGUGCCCUGAAUAUGGUCAGCUGGGACACAAUUCUGACGGGAAGUUCAUUGCCCGGGCUCAGAGGAUAGAAUAUGACUGCGAGCUGGUUCCCCGCAGAGUAGCCAUCUUCAUCGAAAAGACCAAGGAUGGGCAGAUUUUGCCCGUCCCCAACGUGGUGGUCCGAGAUGUUGCCUGCGGCACCAACCACACGCUGGUUCUAGACUCUCAGAAACGUGUUUUCUCCUGGGGCUUUGGAGGCUACGGCCGGCUGGGCCACGCGGAGCAGAAGGACGAGAUGGUCCCUCGCCUGGUGAAGCUCUUUGACUUCCCAGGCCGUGGCGCAGCACAAAUCUAUGCCGGCUACACCUGCUCCUUUGCCGUCAGUGAAGUUGGUGGCCUGUUUUUUUGGGGUGCUACCAACACUUCUCGGGAGUCUACCAUGUAUCCCAAAGCUGUCCAGGACCUCUGUGGCUGGAAGAUUAGAAGUUUGGCUUGUGGGAAGAGCAGUAUUAUUGUGGCUGCAGACGAGAGCACCAUAAGCUGGGGCCCAUCGCCAACCUUCGGCGAACUGGGCUAUGGUGAUCACAAACCCAAGUCUUCCACUGCGGCCCAAGAAGUGAAGACUCUGGAUGGCAUCUACACGGAGCAGGUUGCCAUGGGCUACUCACACUCCUUGGUGAUCGCGAGGGACGAGAGUGAGACUGAAAAAGAAAAGCUAAAAAAACUCCCCGAGUAUAAUCCCCGCACCCUCUCCUGAUGCCGGGGGGCAGCGAGGCUGCUGGCGGGCUCUCCAGGCCGCUCCAGGCAGCUGUCAUUUCCAAUGUGCACUGGGACACAAAGAAGGCAGAUGAGAAGAGGUUACAUACAGCGAAAAGGUGGCCCGAAGCUCCUAUUUGUUAGUCUUCCCGAGGUUCCGUUUUAUAAGCAAAUUCAACGUUUACUACCUUUUUACUGUACGAUUUCCAAAGCGUUUCUCGCUCCCUUUCUCUUUCUCCCUUCCCCUACCCCAGAUGUUUAAUUAAAAUAUUUGCUCGUA